CGCUUUAGUUGGAGACAGCUUCUCAUUGUCCUGGCUUGAAUUCUGGCACUUAAGAGCUUCUUCAUUCUGAAGCUUAUAGGAUAUCUCUCACUCUUUUAUUUGGAGUGGAGAGCUUGUCUUCUCUCCACUGUUAAGCCUCAGACCCUAGUGGUGCCCACAGUGAGUGUACCAUCCAUGUGUGUUUGAGAAUGUACAGGAUUAGGAGUGCAUGAACUCUGAUGCAGUUAAUGUGGAUAUGUGGACAAAAGGGCAGGCAGGGGGCCCUUAGGACAAUGAAUUCAGUCAUGGAGAUAUAUAGUUUCCUGUGAAAACCAAUAAGAUAGCUAAAAUAUGUUUUGAAUUAUUUUAUUCUAAAGAUGUCAUCUUUCUGUUUUCCGUAACUUUCAUAACAAUAGCUGAUCACAACUCAGUUUACAUACCGAACACACAAAUAACAAAAUGACAUUUUACGAGAUCUAAAUGAAACAAAUAUUUGGAAUAAAAUUGGAAUUGGAGGGAGAGAGGGGAGUAGAAUACUUCUUGAGUUGCACAUGAGUUCAUACUAUAGUUGUUAAGCCUCUGGCGCUCAGUGUAGAGUAUUCUUACUUAAAAUCCACAAAACUGAGGGGUGGCAAAGAAAUGUGAUUGCCUGAGCGUUACCCUAAAGACUGGAUCUGUAAAUUUACAUGGGUCCCUAAAACAGGCAGGUGUAUGUGACUGCCACAUAGUGUCUGGGCUAACCAAGAAAAACUUGCUUUUCUGCAUGAUUGUGGUGAAAGCACAGCUUUCACAUUCAUAAGGAUUGUUUUAAGGGAGUAACUACACAUUGGGCAAGCUCUUCCAUAGUCCAAAAAGCAUUGGCUGGAUUUAAUAUACUAGGGGCAUGUGGAUUCCUUAGACUGUCACACCGUGUCUGUGCCAAUAAAUCAGAGUGUCUAUUUCUGAUACGAAAUCUGAUGUUGGCAGAUUUUCUUCUUUAUCAGAAGGGUGAUACUCAGAAGGGAGGAUAUUUUUCUCGUGUAUUUUUCUGUCUCUGUGAUUGGGAUGUUUUUAUGGGUUUUUUAGCUAUGAAAUAAUAACUGGCAAGUCCCAGGAAAACUAGAUCUGGAUUUCAUUUUGUCUCUUCAGCUCUGUGUGAUCUUGUGCACAUUCCUGACAUGUUGCAAACAGCCUAUGUCUCCGAAUGUGCGGUAUCAGUUUUCAGUGGUGGAAGCCCCAAAAGGAAACAGGCUGAUUCUUCCAUGUGCAAACAGCUGGGCAGUUGUGGAUGGAAUUAAUUGCUGAUAUAUAUUGGCUGUGUUUUUCUUCUCUUGUCAUUUCCUUUGCAGCUGUGAAAGUCAAGUUUGACUUGAAAACAGACAUUUUUAGCAGUGCAAAUCCAAAAAGUAUCAAGAUGGGAUUCUUCUAAAAUAAUCUCCAACUGAUAGCUUUGAGUUGUUCAGUUUGAGAAUGAGAUAAGGGAGAGCAAGAGAUGGCAGUAGGUGAUUCAUAAUUAACAUAUAUGGUUGAAAAAAUAAUUAAAUGAAGCAUUUGUACUAUGAAAAGAGAUAGUUUGGAUUCGCUGGCCAUAUUGCACAUAGUCAAUACUCGGAGCUGAUUUAUUGUUCCAAUCUGAUGGACUACAGUUGGUAAGGGUAAUACGACAACAAGUAUCACUAACAAUAAUAUUUUCCUGGUCUUUCCCAAAAAUCCUUUCCACUAUUUGUUUUAAAAUAUAUGUAAACAGUUACAUAGCUUAUUAUUUUACAUGCUGAGAUAUUUUACUCAGAGAAAUUUAUUUUUUAUUUCAUAAACUAUAGAAAUUCAAUUAAAAGUAACUCAAUUAUGUCUGAAUGUGCAUAUAAAGAAAGUAGUAUUGGUUAAAAUUACUUAGAAGAGUAAUCAGAUAUUUGAUAAUAGUUUCAAUAACUGACAAAUUAGACACUAUUAAAGAUUUUUAGACAUAUGUAUACAUCCUAUGGGAUAGCUUAUUUGGAAAUAAGUCAUAGAAAAAGUUAAAAUUCAUAUGAAAUUAUUAGGAAAAGUAGGUGAUUACAAAAUUUUAAAAAGAACAAAGUCUGCAUGUUAGUAACAUUCAUCAGGAUAAUUUUCCCUUUUAUAUGUUCAUAUCAGUGUCCUACCAAAGCAAGCCCAUAAAUCAAAUCCCUUAUUUCUUUAGUUUAAGACAAGUCUUGCUUUUAUUGUUUUUUAUAGACAGGAGAACUGGAACUUUGGCGAGGAGAGGGUAUGUAAUCUGCUUGUGUUCACUUUCAGGUCUCCUGAAAAUAGGCCAAAGUAAAGUUCUAGUAUAACAGUAUUUCUGAUACCUUGAGAUAUGAAAAGCUGUAGUUACUAAACUUAUAAGUUGGUACGGUUGGACUUCCUUUUUACUAGUUCCUUCUACCUCAGUUUUCUCUUGGCUGAGCUGCAUGAUGUACCUUGUAUUUUCUCCUUUCUUCAGGAAAAAGAAAGGAGUCUAUAUUUCACUUCAAGGCAGGUAAAGCUGAUCUGCAAACAUGAACUUUCCCCUGUUUUUCUGAGAAGUAUUAACCAAUUAAUGUUGACUUGGAGGCCCUAAAAAAUGUGGCAGCAUUAAUGUGCAGUUUGCUCUCACUGAAGCCUGCCUGGGUGUGUUGUUUCCCCCAGAGUGGGCUCCACCCUUGCUCUAACCACACUGAGUAUGGAUAUCUUGCUGUUAAAAACAAAGUUCAUUUUUAGGGCAGCAUUGCAUCAGAAUUGCCACACAAAAACCAGCUGAAGAAAUGUACAGCAGCUUCAAUUUUUUUUCAUAACAAGGGGAAUUAACAGACCUGAAGCAUGAGUUCAGAUGCCAGCCAAGGUGUGAUCACUACUCCUCCUCCUCCCAGUAUGCCUCACAAAGAGAGGUAUUUUGACCGCAUCAAUGAAAGUGACCCAGAAUACAUUAGGGAGAGGAACAUGUCUCCUGAUCUACGACAAGACUUCAAUAUGAUGGAGCAGAGGAAACGAGUUACUCAGAUCCUGCAAAGUCCUGCCUUUCGGGAAGACCUGGAAUGCCUUAUUCAAGAACAGAUGAAGAAAGGCCACAACCCAGCUGGAUUACUAGCAUUACAACAGAUUGCAGAUUACAUCAUGGCCAAUUCCUUCUCGGGCUUUACUUCAUCUCCCCUCAGUCUUGGCAUGGUCACACCUAUCAAUGAUCUUCCUGGUACGGAUGCAUCCUCAUACGUGAAGGGGGAAAAGCUUACUCGUUGUAAACUUGCCAGCCUCUACAGACUUGCAGACUUGUUUGGAUGGGCACACCUGGCAAAUACAUAUAUCUCAGUAAGAAUAAGUAAAGAGCAAGACCACAUUAUAAUAAUUCCCAAAGGCCUAUCUUUUUCUGAAGCCACAGCCUCCAACUUGGUUAAAGUCAAUAUAAUAGGAGAAGUGGUUGACCAGGGAAGUACUAAUCUGAAGAUUGACCAUACAGGAUUCAGUCCCCAUGCUGCAAUCUAUUCCACGCGUCCUGAUGUUAAGUGUGUGAUACACAUCCAUACCCUUGCAACAGCAGCUGUAUCCUCCAUGAAGUGCGGAAUCCUUCCUAUUUCUCAAGAGUCCCUAAUCCUGGGAGAUGUCGCUUAUUGUGACUACCAAGGGUCACUUGAUGAACAGGAGGAAAGAAUUCAACUGCAGAAAGUUCUGGGGCCAAGUUGUAAGGUGCUGGUACUCAGGAAUCAUGGUGUGGUAGCACUUGGAGAAACAGUUGAGGAGGCUUUUCAUUAUAUUUUUAAUGUGCAAAUAGCCUGUGAGAUUCAGGUGCAUGCAUUAGCAGGGGCAGGGGGAGUAGACAAUCUACUUGUGCUGGAUCUUCAGAAGUAUAAAGUGUUCACUCACACUGUAGCAGCAUCUGGAGGAGGAGGUGUGAAUAUGAGUUCUCAUCAAAAGUGGAAGGUUGGCGAGGUUGAGUUUGAAGGGCUGAUGAGGACUUUGGACAAUUUGGGAUAUAGAACAGGCUACGCCUACAGGUAUCCUCUCAUUCGAGAGAAGCCUAGGCACAAGAGUGAUGUGGAAAUCCCAGCAACUGUGACUGCCUUUUCCUUUGAAGACGAUACAGUGCCACUCUCUCCUCUCAAAUAUAUGGCACAGAGACAGCAACGUGAAAAGACAAGAUGGCUGAACUCACCAAAUACUUACAUGAGAGUGAAUGUGCCUGAGGAGUCUCGGAAUGGGGAAACCAGUCCCAGGACCAAAAUCACAUGGAUGAAAGCAGAGGACUCCUGUAAAGUGAGUGGCGGGACACCUAUCAAAAUUGAAGAUCCAAACCAGUUCGUUCCUUUAAACACAAACCCGAAUGAGGUGCUAGAAAAGAGAAAUAAGAUUCGGGAGCAAAACCGAUAUGACUUGAAAACAGCAGGACCACAAUCUCAGUUGCUUGCUGGCAUUGUUGUGGAUAAGCCUCCUUCUACCAUGCAGUUUGAAGAAGACGACCAUGCCCCACCAGCUCCUCCCAACCCCUUCAGUCAUCUCACAGAAGGAGAACUGGAAGAGUAUAAGAAGACAAUCGAACGUAAACAACAAGGCCUGGAAGAUACUGAGGAGGAAUUACUGUCAGAUGACGCUUCAUCUGUUUCACAAAUUCACUCUCAAACUCAGUCACCGCAAAAUGUCCCUGAAAAAUUAGAAGAAAACCAUGAGCUGUUUUCCAAGAGCUUCAUCUCCAUGGAAGUGCCUGUCAUGGUAGUGAAUGGCAAGGAUGAUAUGCAUGAUGUUGAAGAUGAGCUUGCUAAGCGAGUGAGUAGGUUAACUACAAGCACGACCAUAGAGAACAUCGAGAUUACCAUUAAAUCUCCGGAAAAAAUUGAAGAAGGCCUGUCACCUGAAGGCUCACCUUCAAAGUCACCGUCUAAGAAAAAGAAGAAAUUCCGCACUCCCUCUUUUCUGAAGAAGAACAAAAAAAAGGAGAAAGUUGAAGCCUAAGUAAAGUCUUCUUUCUAAUUGUUAUUAUUACAAUGUGACAUUGCACAUUUAAAUACCACAUUUAAGUUGAUCAUUAAAAUGCAGUGGUAGAUCAGAUUAGGGGGUAUAUAGCAAACUGGACUUUAAGAACUGGAAAGAGGUUUUACUAAAAGAAAAACAUUAUGAAAAAGCUUUCAAAAUCAUCUCUCAUUUUAUAUAUCCAAAAAUGGCUUUGAAUUUUUAAAGAAUUGCUAUUUUAAUUAGUUUUGCCCUCAUGAGGUAUUAUUAUAGUUUACCACAAACAGAUAUCUGUCUGAAUUACUUUUGGCCUUCUCCAUAAUAUCUGUUGGAAACAAAUUACCAGUGAGCAAGCAGGAGAAUUUUUAUGUCUUAGCAACUGCUUCACUUGGUAACCAGAUUAUAACCUUUUUAUCAUGAGUAUUGACUGUACCUUGUGGGUCCCCAUUGUUUCAAUGGGAAUUAACAAAAUGCUUUAAGAGCUUCUAAGACAAGAAUCUAUAGCAUUAUUAUACACUGGCACAUAAUAUUUUUUUAAAAAUUAAAAGAUUCAUUUGGAAUUUUACUCAUUGUAUAAAAUUUCUCACCUAAAGUAACUUUACCAAAAAAGUCAUUUUAGUAAACUAUAAUUUUUGAAAACUUCCUUUUUUAUUAGUUUAGAAAGCCCCUUAUUUUUCAACAAAGGGGAUUUUUUACAUAUAACGUGAGUUAUUUAGUUUAACUCUGGCAAAACCAAUUUUUGUAUGUUGAGAUGUUUGUAUACCACUCAGUAUAAAAGUGUCAUAAGCAUAUUAGCCAAUCAUUAAAUAGUAGAGCAUAUUUGAGGCACUGAGUAUACUUAAAUAUAAUUUAAGAAUCCAGGGAAUUGUUAUCAAAAGGGGAUUAGAGCAUAUAAAAGUAUAACUGGGUUCAUAUUUGAAUCUUAUAAUGUAUUUUUCUCUUAGUAUUGCUAAUGAAUGGAGAAAAUCUCAUUAGGUAACCAAAUGAAAGGGAAAAAAUGAGAGGGAAAGUGAGAAUUUUAAGGGAACAGAAGAUGGGGCAUGAAAAGAAGGGUUCUAGUUUGAUAAUGACUCAUAUUCACUAUAGGAUUUCAAGUGUGAUUUAUUGGAAACAUGUACAUUUCUAAAAUUCCACUUCUUUGCCAAAAUCAAUGUUAUUCUUGGUUGAUAUUUGAGUUUUAAAAGGGUCACAUCCUUCUAACUUGUGUAUCUUUAGAGGGCAGCACUAGAAGAAAUCAGUGGGUGUAAUCCCACCAGUGAGAAAACUACCACUUUGAUUUUUACAAAUCUUUUUAUCUUUUCAGUUAACUUUUUCUAAUGUAAAUACAGAUUUAACCUAGGCUUAAUAUAGUCUCCCCCCAUUUUCCCAAGUAAAUUCAGUGAUCCAAAAUGGCCAGUGGGUAAAAAUAAUUCAAAAUGUUUCAAGAAGGUGAGUUGGCAUGCAAAAAAAAAAAAAAAGUGUGUUCUGGGGCUGUGUGAGUAUAACGCCAAGUGGAAAUGGAGCCUGGAAAUGUCAUUCUAGAUCUCACUAACUACUGGAAUCAGUGUUUUAAUCUCUUAGAAGAAACUUUCAGUUGCUUAACUCUGUAUUUUUUUAUGUUCUACAUCAUUUAUGUUGUAUUACAACGUAUGUAGAAACAGUAACCUGUGAACUAUGCUUUUGCGUAACUUUUUAAAAAUAUAUAUAUCUAAAUGAAUGCAAUGUGCAUAAAUAUUUUUUAAAUGCAACAGUGAACUAUUUGCACCUUUUGCUAAUGCCUCUAUUUACUUGCUUUGGCAUAAGGAAUGAGCCAAUGAGCCUCUGUGUCCUGUGGAAAAAUGUAUAAAUGUUAUCUGAUAAUGCUCUUAGAUGUAAUGCUAAUUAAUGUUAAAUCACAAAUAAACAGUAUUUUAAAUAGA